AUGAGCUUUGGGCUGACUACAACGGUCUCCAGAUCGUUGCUUAACCAUGGCCAGGUGCCGACAGCGCCUCUGCCUUUGCUAAACACCCUUAGGCAAACCGACGAGCCGCCAUCAAAACGUCAACGCGUCGAGCAGCCCUUGCCGCGUAAACGCAGCGUAAAGGAAUGUCUCCGUGAACAGGUGUAUCCUCUCGUCCAAAAUGCAAUCUCAGGCCUUAAGCGUGAUGAUUACCAUCUUCAUGCGCUCACGAUUAAGGCAGUUACAGUACUCAGUAUAAGCAAGUUCUUCCGUAGACGAUGGGAUGAAACCUGUGGUUAUCUGAGCGAGACGGAUCUGGGUAUUCUCAGGUCUCAGGCGCGCAGUAUUGUUGCAGAGCUUGUAGAGGGCUCGGAGUUCCGUGUAUCCCCUACACCCUUUUUGACACCUCAGCCGAGGUUGCCACAGCGAGCAAUACAGCCGAUCGUCUCACAACGUCGUGAACUCGAAGAUUCAGAGGCAUCAGACGAGUCAGAAGACUCUGAGGGGUCGGAAGACUCAGAAGGUUCAGAAGAGCCGGACGACUUGCCAGAACUAGAGGCAGUUGGAGAGCCAGAAGGGCUGCCACAAUUUCGAGCACCUGCAGUGCCAGAAGAGUCCCCGGAGCUGGAAGUGAUUGAACUGUCGGAAGACUCGGACGAGUUGCCGGAGCUGGAAGAAGCGGAAGCUUUAAGAGAGUACCCCGAGCUUGUUGAAGAGUCAAGAACAUUUAGGGAGCCGCAUGCUCUGACUUUCACCACGUACGAACCACCGCGAGUGCCGGAACCAGAGAUUCCAGAUUAUAUCAACCGACAGCCAUGCAAGUCUCGAGAGCGCCGAGAACCGAACCCCCAAAAUCGGUUCUAUCAAAUUGUCGAGAAGCCUUAUCUUACGGCGGAACAUCGCAAAGCAAUCGAGGCAGGUACAAGAUUUCCAGUUGAUGCUAGCAUUGCCAGUAUAGCGACACAGCCAAUCGUAUACCAUGUCGACUUUACACCCCAAGAGAUCGCCGAGAUCACAGAAAAGCUUUCGCGAUCUAGGAACGAGCGCUUGGAGCCCACUCUCGAAACCCUGAUGCAAUGGGUCAGGCUAGAAGGCCAAUCUCUACCUGCACCAAACGGACGGUCUCUGCGUGAUAUGAAUGCUUUUGGGGCGGAUCUUUGGGAAGGACGAGUAGUUGAAGUUCCACGAGUUCUGUCGUUAACUGGUGAACCUAUGAACCAACAGACUGAGAAGCGCCAAGGGCAGUUGAGAAGGGCGAGCAGGUUCUCGUCUCUGCUGAUGGCUCGAGAGAUGUCAGGAAAUCAAGGAUUCCAGCGGACCCGCCAAUACCUGAACUUUCAGCAAGAAUUCAAGACGCUGCGUGAAGAUGAUUUGGAGGUGGUAGCGGAGUUUACGAAUUGCGCUGGAGAUGUCACUACAGGCACUUGGAUCUCUAACGAAAGCUUCUUGUGCGGCACGACAACCCACUCUGACACGCACAACCAACAAUAUAAUAAACCGGGAAAUUUGCUCCUCUGUUCGACAAGCAAAGGCACGCUGCGUGCAUUUCCCGACCAUCGAAUACCUCGUCCCCGGGUCGAAAAAGGAGAAAAUUCGACAGAGGCCAUGCGGCAGAGCCAAGACCCCUGGCUAUACUCUUCAGUCGUCUCAUCUGACUAUAAUGCGGAGGAUGAUUUAGCCUAUACCUCAAGUUUUGAUAAAACGGUCAAGAUUUGGAGGGUCGACUCUCGGGGAGUGCACAUGGAGGUCAUUGCUACAUGGCAACACACUGGCAACGUUAACUUUGUCGCUGCCGCAAAGGAUCAGUCUGGCCGGGUAGCGACGGCAGCAGACUCCCCAACUGAUGCUGUACGAAUAUAUACGGUCGAAAGAGGGGACGAGGGAAACAGCAGGUAUCAGACCUUCUCUUGCUCAAGAACCGAUGCUGAAGGGUCAGACAAGUGGGCGUACUUCCCAGCAACGAUGCAAUGGGGGAGGGCUCCGGGUUGCCAACACUUGCUCUUGGUCGGAUACUCUCCUCGAAGCUUCAGCGGGGAUGAUAUGGAAAUUCCAGAAGACAAAAGGACGUCAGGAGAGAUAAUCUUGUGGGAUGCGGAACAAGGCAUGCGAAUUAAUGUGUUUACAGCCUCAACGGCCAACGUCUUCGAGGUUGCCUGGCACCCGAAAUUACAGAGUUUUAUCGCUGCAACAACACCCAACGGCUUAAGCAUUACCGCUCACAAAGUCAAGACGCUAGUUCACAUCUUCCAGCGCGAUAAGGAACGUCUGGGUGGUGGUGGAUAUGCCCAGUAUCAGUCGCUUGACUGCUACGCUUCCGACAUUAACGAGCUUACAUUUGUUCCUAACUCAUGUGGACACGCUUAUGUGAGUGCCGCGUGCACUGACGGCAAGGUUUAUAUCUGGGAUACGGCGCAGGGUGAUAAGCCCAUCCACACGCUCUCGCAUGGAAAACCUAUCGAAGAGUACUAUGGAGAUCGUGAGAAGGAGGACACAGGCGUCAAGUUUACAGCAUGGAACACAAGUCUUGACCGUUUUUAUACAGGUUCCAGUGAUGGUGUAGUCAAGGUGUGGAACGUACGUAGGCUGAAGGAGCCUUUCGUGCGAAACAUCCUUACAGCACCAGGUCCUAUUGCUUGGGGCGGUUUCUCUCCUGAUACCUCAAAAUUAGCGAUAGGUGAUGCCACUGGUCGUUGUUUUAUCCUCUCUAUAGAUGAGCGCGAUGCGCCAGAGUCCCACUUUAUGACUCUGCCCGGCACUAAACGGCGACUUCGCCGUCCACAACCACUAAUUCCACAUCCGGAGCCGGACCCACCCGGCACGGAACACGGAGACGAUAUGGACAUCGACUCGGAGCUUGAGGAUGCCAUAUAUGCCCGCCGUACCUAUCUCGACACCCAAUACAUUAAACUCACUAAUAACCCUGUCAUCGGUGCCGUUCAAGGUCCUCGGUAUUCUGAAACUAACCUCUUUUGUCGCGAUGCCCAUCUUAACCAGGACCCCGGCGCUCCCCUCCUUGCCGAGUUCGAGCGCUUUCAAAAGAAUAGCGAGGCCGAUAGUAUCGGUAAGCGACGGCGUUCUGUACGUCGAGUCAAGAUUCCUGCACCGCCAGACGAGCGUCUUAAAGCCGUACACGCAGAGAAUAAGAAGCGGGACUUUAAUCUGGAACAGCUGGAGAGGAGUGAAAUACAUAGUCUUGUGAAGGCCGGGGCAUUGCUGAGUAUCGAGGAAGAUUGGGGUUUUAUAUAUGAAGAACUCAUAAGCCCAGACACGAAUGCUCUGCAAAAAAGUUAA